AUGGUCACAGCCAUGAAUGUCUCAGAUGAAGUAGAGCAGAUGUUCCAGCCCUACAACUUCGAGCUGUUCCAGGACAUAAGGCCCGUUUUGGAGGAGUACUGGGCAACCUCAUUCACCAUAGCUCUGAUCUACCUGCUGCUCAUCUUUGUGGGACAGAACUACAUGAAGGCACGGAAGGGCUUCAACCUGCAGGGACCUCUCAUCCUUUGGUCCUUCUGCCUUGCAAUCUUCAGUAUCCUUGGGGCAGUGAGGACAUGGGACUAUAUGGGGACCGUGCUACUUAGGGGGAGCCUAAAGAAAACUGUAUGCUUCUUCAUCUUCACUGAUAAUCCCAUAAUCAAAUUCUGAUCCUGCUUCUUUGUCCUCAGCAAGAUCAUUGAACUUGGAGACAUGGCCUUCAUCAUCCUGUGUAAGCGGCCACUCAUCUUUGUGCACUGGUACCACCACAGCACAGUGCUAGUGUACACGAGCUUUGGAUACAAGAACAGGGUGGCUGCAGGUGGCUGGUUCAUGACCAUGAACUACGGUGUACAUGCCAUCAUGUACACCUACUAUACUCUGAAGGCUGCCAAAGUAAAGCCCCCCAGGUGGUUUCCCAUGCUCAUCACCAGCCUGCAGAUCCUGCAGAUGUUUAUGGGAGCCACUGUCGGUAUCCUGACUUACAUCUGGAGACAGGAACAGGGAUGCCAUACCACAAAGGAACACCUCUUCUGGUCCUUCAUCUUGUAUACAACCUAUUUCCUCCUCUUUGUCCAGUUCUUCCACCAAAACUAUGUAAUUACCAAGGUCAAGGCCAAGACCAAGGGCCAGUGA